AUGGAGAAAGCGAGCACACAGCAGAGCAUGUGCUUUAAGAAAAGCCACGGAGUGAAGGAAAGACUGGUGGAGGUGCCGAAGGGAAUCCCCGGAGACGUGAUCUCCCAGAGACCUGUCGCGUUUCUAACAACGUUACUCACGGGCUACACCUUGGCUCUCCUCCUUUCGGAUCGGGGUUUUCGCAUCAGUUCUCUCUCGUCUCGUUUUUUGUCGGUGACGUACGUUGUGGUGGUUUGUUCAUGUCUUACUCUUGAGUUUACGUUUGAAUAUGAAAACAUUUGACAAAUGCAUCCCCACCCAUACACUGAUCUCUCUCUCUCUCUGUGUCUCAGGUUGGUGGUGGCGUUGGCGGUCACCCUCGGUCUGUUUGCUGUAGAGUUGGCCGGGUUCUUCUCAGGAGUGUCCAUGUUCAACUGCAGCCAAGGUCUCCUGUCAACUGGAGUCCAUGCCAGUGCCUCAGUGGCUCUGCUUUUCUUUCUAUUUGAGCAGUGGGAGUGUGACAUCUACUGGUGGAUCCUUGUCAUUUGCAGGUUAGUGUAUGUGCUUAAAGGACCAGUGUGUAGGAUUUAGUGGCAUCUAGCGGUGUGGUUGCAGAUUGCGAUAUCCCCGCCUCACCCUCCCAUUCCAAGCAGGUAGGAGCAACUACAAAAAAAACAACCUGUGACCCUAAAUAGGGCGUAAAUAGAGUCAGUGUGGUGGUCCAACAUCAGGGCCUCUAUGGAAGAGGACCUGCUCCCUCUGUAGAUUAAAAACAGCUCCUUCUAAAGGCCUCCGCACACCAACCCGAUUAUCGGCCG